AUGGAUUCUUCCAUAUCCGAGAUGCCCCAAUUGCCAUCCUUUUUUGUCUUCUUAGCUUCUCUUUUCUUCUUAUUGAUGCUUUUCAAAUAUUGGAAGAAAUCUCAAGCCAAAGGCCUGAGCAAGUUGCCUCCUGGGCCAAAGCAGCUGCCUAUUAUAGGGAACUUGCACCAGUUGAUUGGUGCCCUACCACAUCAUGCUGUCACUGACUUGUGCAACAAACAUGGUCCUGUCAUGAAACUGCAACUGGGGGAACUUUUUGCCGUGAUCAUUUCAUCACCGGAAGCAGCCAAAGAGGUCUUGAAGACGAGCGAGAUCAGAUUUGCUCAAAGGCCGGAAGUGUAUGCAGUUGAAAUAAUGGCAUAUGAUCAUUCAAGCAUCGUGUUUGCUCCUUACAAUGAGUACUGGAGACAACUGCGAAAGAUAUCCGUGAUGGAGCUCUUAAGCGCUAAUCGUGUCCGAUCGUUCAGAUUGAUGAGGGAAGAGGAGGUGUGGAAUCUUGUCGAGUUCAUCGCCUCCUCGGAGGGACAUACCAUAAAUUUGAGUGACAAGAUAUACACCAUGACAAAUGAUGUGGUUUCUAGGGCAGCAUUUGGUAACAAGUGCAAAUACCAACAUGAGUUUACAUUAUUGCUUGGGGAAAUUAUACUUCUUGCUGGAGGCUUUAACAUCGCUGACUUGUACCCUUCUCUUACAUUUCUUCGUUCCAUGAGUGGGAUGAAGCCUGCAUUGAUGAAAAUUCAGAACAAAAUUGACGAGAUUCUUCAAGAUAUUGUGAGGGAGCAUAAGCUGAAAAGAGAAGCUAGUAUAAAAGGCUUUGGUAGGCUUGGUGAAGAUGAGGAAGAUCUGCUUGACACGCUUCUGAAUUAUGAGGGGGCCAAUAAGCAUGAAUUUCAUCUCACAACCGAUCAAAUCAAAGCCGUCAUUAUG